UGCCCUUCGGCCUGAGAUCUAUUUUAGCAUCACCAUGGAUACUCCCAGGUUUGGCGGUGACGGUUGGGAGUGACAGGCGAGCGCUAGGUGGCUGCUCGGCGAGGUGACGUCACGUGACCGCCUUCCACGCUGUCAGGGGGCGGGGCCUUAUGGCGGGAGAGGCAGUUGUGGUGCGCGCUCGCGCGGGCCCAGCAGAAAAUGGCGGCGAGUCUGUGUAAGAGCCAGCAAUGUUCCAUCGAGAGGCGCGGUUUUCGUCAGGAACUUGACUCGUGGCGGCACAAGCUCAUUCACUGUGUAGGCUUUGAGAGCAUUUUAGAAGGGCUCUUUGGACCUGGAUUACUGAAAGAUAUCAGCCUAUAUAAAGACUGUGAGCCAACGGGUGUAUGUGAUUGGUCCUUUGAUGAAAACUGCCUUUUCUGCUGCUUGAGAAGAGAAAAAGUCAAGGAACACUUGGCUGAUUUGCAUAAGCCAGUGACUGAUGUGGGGCCAGAAAAUUUACUUAAACAAGAAAAGUUAAGAAUUAUUCGGCUAGAAAAACAAGCUGAAGAAUUCAUCAAUGCGGUAUUUUAUAAGAAAGAUACUCCUAGGGUCUCGGACCCCAGUAUUCCUUUAGUUGCUCGUGAGAUCAUGCAGCGAAUGAUACGACAGUUUGCUGCUGAAUAUACCUCAAAAAAUAGCUGUACUCAGGACUCCAGCCAGCCCAACAGCACAAAUAACCAAAGCUUGCAGACUCCAUCACCUGGACAAACCUCUCCUCCCCCUGCAACUACUCAGAACCCAGUGCUAAGCAAGCUUCUGAUGGCUGACCAAGAUUCUCCACUGGACCUUACUGUUAAAAAGUCUCUUUCUGAAGAUGCUUGUGAGCAAGAUGGCGUACUUGACCUAUCAACUAAGAAAAGCCCUUGUUCUGGAAGCACGGCUUCAAGCAUUUCUCCAAGUACCUCAAACGCUAUAGGGAAUGGGCGUCCCGGGAGACCCAGCCAGCACCAUCCAGAUGGACUUCAACAGAGUGGUGAUGGGGUACCUCCAAGAAGUUUGAUGGAUCGAACCAGGGAAACAUAUGGCCACACAACUCUAAAAGUGCCAUUGGCUCGCUCCCUUCAGAUUAGUGAGGAACUUCUAAGCAGGAAACCAUUUUCUACUGCUGCUGGUCAUGGUUCACCUGGACUCCAAAAUCAUGGACAGCACUUGAUCCUAUCCAGGGAAGCUUCUUGGGCCAAGCCGCACUAUGAACUAAAUUUUGGCCGAAUAAAAUAUAGGGGUAAUGGUACACUCAGCAACAUCAGUGACCUGCCUUUUCUCACAGAAAAUUCAAAUGCCUUUCCGAAAACUGUUCAAAAUAAGCAUGAUAUAAAAAAGGAAAUGGGCCUUUCUUCUCCAGUUGAUUUAAAAAUUCCACAAGUUCGUGGCAUGGACCUUUCAUGGGAGUCCCGCAGUGGGGAUCUAUAUAACUAUAACUCUUUGGUAAUGGGUUCACAAACAGAGAGCGCACUUAGCAAAAAAUUAAGAACUAUCCUUCCAAAGCAAAAUAGGAGAAGUUUAUUGGAUACUACAGCAGAUUCUUGGAGCUCAGAUGUUGAGCAGUCUACCUCUGGACAGCCAUAUCCAACCUCAGAUCAAGAAGGAGACCCUGGCUCUAAGCAACCGAGAAAAAAAAGGGGGCGGUACAGACAGUAUAACAGUGAGAUAUUGGAGGAAGCAAUUGCAGUUGUCAUGAAUGGGAAAAUGAGUGUGUCAAAAGCCCAAAGCAUUUAUGGCAUUCCUCAUAGUACACUGGAAUACAAAGUGAAAGAGAGGCUAGGCACAUUAAAAAAUCCUCCAAAGAAAAAGAUGAAAUUAAUGAAGUUGGAGGAACAGGACGCAGUAAAGCGUGAACUGGAUCCUCCGGAUGAGGUGGAGGUUCCACAAAGUACAAAUGAAUCUAAAGAUUAACUGGCAUGCAGUAGAGUGCCAACUCUCUUUUUUUUAAAAUGUGUUGUGACAAAACUGGGCGAGCACUUGUGCUUUAGCAAAUAGUACACAUAAUACCUGUUAAACUCAACUGUGAAACUCACUGGAAGUUUUCAUAUAGAUAUUAAAAAGAGCAAGGAAAUGACAGGUGCAGAGGAAGUGCUCAAAAUCAUGCAAAAAUGUAAAUUUCCAAGCCCAGUACAACCCUGAAAUAUUGCUUUUCACUUUAAAUUUUUUUCCUCCUCCCCAGGCCUUUACGCAUGCUUUUCUAUCACCUAGAAAAUUGUUACCUCAGCAAGAAAACCUGUACAUGUAAACAUGGACUCUCCUAUUGAGCCUGCAUGUAUGGUGCUCUUAUCUAUUUUUAACUCUUGAACACAUGUCCACUUUAACUUAACUCCGUUUCAGGAUUUACAUCAACAUUCAACCCAUAUUUAGGAAAAGAAGUCCAAAACCGUACACGUUUACGUGUUUAUGCCAAAAUUGUCUGAAAAAAUGGAUUGUACUUCCAAAACAAAACAAAAAUGUGGAGGUUGCUACAAUUUUUCAGGGACUGCAAAUAAAAUGGCUUUAGUUGAGAAUGAUAAUGUGCUAAGAGCACAAAGCAGUUUGGGGGUCAGGACACCCCUGUAUGGCAUUAUUUGACAGCCUACAAGUAAGAGUGUUAUGCUCAAGCUUUACAUUUCAUAAACUUAGAAAUUCCUGAAUAAGGUGAUAUUUGUCCUGUCCUGGCACAUAUUGCGAAAUUGUUUAGAGGAAUCAUUGUGGGGGAGUCGCUUAUGACACUCCAAGAACCAUGCAAAACACAAAAGUGUAAUGUGAAGUCAAUGUGGGCUCACUACAGUUAAAAUAGCAGUUAAAUGAAUUGAAUAACACUAUAUUUUUUUUAAAUACAUGUUUUACAAGAAAGUCACACUUGGCUCCUACCUGCCAGCUUGGGUUCAGGGAUGAAGUUUUAAACACUACCUUAAAGCGUUUUCAGUUAAAUAAAACUACCUUUACAGUUAUUGUAUGGGAGAAAAUGGAGUUUCCUGUUCACCUCAGAGCAAGUAGCCUUACUCAGAAGACUAGCUCAUUUUAGAUUCAGGAAAGGUUCGUUUACACACAGCACGCCAUAUUAUAAAGAUACCACUGGUCUUUACACUCCCCCCCCCUCCUUGUGCAGGUAUUUUGUUUUCUUUCGUUUUUUUUAAUUAAGCUGUGUGGAUUUUCUUCUGUGAUCUGUUUAAAGGGAGUCUUAAAACUAUAACUACUGUGAUAUAUUUUCAGCUCAAGUUUCUAAACAGUACAACCUCAUAAUUCAUGUUUUUAGAAUGAAGUAUGCUUAUUGAUUGAAACAAUAGUUUUCUUGCUUAUGAAAAUAAUGGCUAAAAGAAGUGUAGUUUGUUGGGCUACUUAUUAUUAGAGUACCCACUGUCCUAUGUCUGUCUUCAGGUGAUACUGUUGGUAAGCACUCCACGAACCUCAGUUUUGUAUUACAUUUUUGUUCAAGUUUGCUCUUGCUCGAGCACUUUUCUUUGUCAAAAGAAUGUCCUAGAAGAAAUUUUAGAAUAUUGGAGGUUUUAUGUUUUAAAUAGCAGAAAUGAUUACUACAAGUUUACUCUUCAAAGAAUUUGGUUUUCUUUGUGUUAGGUGAACUGUUCAAAAUGUUUUAAGGGACAUUAUGCCUGGUGCAAUCUACAUGUUAGUGCUUUGUGACCUUAUAUAAAUAAUCCUCACUGCCUUUGGCAUGUGGUUCAUUCUUUUAACUGAAUAACAUGACUUGUUCCAUAUGGUGUCAUCUCAGGUAAAAUUUUCAGCUGACAAGGGCUGAAUACCACUUCACGUUGGUUAUCUCUAGUUUUCCUAUAGGCCCCAUCGGCACAUGUGGGGGUUCACCCAAAAUCUUCAGUAAUGAACAGGGCACCUAAACUGAUAAAGGCACACAAGCUGUCAAUGGUUCCCUUCAGGUAUAAUCGCUAAAUAAAAUGUUUAGGACUGUGGCCCACAUGUCAGUCCAUGUGCCUUGUUUUUAACUGAAGAUUUUGUAUUGCUGUGUAAAUUAGCUGCGCACACUAUUGCACCAGCAGCAUCUGACAUGAAGUCAAUGUAUAUAACAUGAAGGUCAUUGGCCAACCCAUAAGUGUCAGGAGCACACACUCCUGCACUUACAAUCCACUGUCUCACAGGUUCAAUAAUCAGAAAAGUUCAGUUUAGCCAUUAAGUUUGGUCAGAUAUGUAGCUAAUUUGCCUAUUUUGGUCUGUGGACCGAAAAAGCAUUCAGAGAGAAUAGGCAAUUGUAUAAGUAGCAGACUUUAACCUUUGCUUAAUUGUAGUUAAUUCCCAUAUUCUUAAGGCAAAUUAUAUAGAAUAACUAUUUCUCAUGAUGAUACUACAUUCCCUUGAAAGACUGUUUUUAUUCUUUGCUUCCUGUACUGCAGGCCAGGGAACUAACGGUUUAUGCACUCAGAUUGUUAGGUGACUAAAGAAUUCUACAUCCAGAUAAGCCCUUUUGGAAACAGACAGAGCUAGUUAUUUGCUAUCAUUGUGUCACCUCAAAAGCAGGUCAGAUUUAUGUAUGGUAACACUAACAUUAAAUUCCUGUGCAUUGUCAUGUUAGAUUUUAAAGGUUUACCCAAAAGUGUGAUACUGCGCUGGUACAGCGGUUGGGUAAGUUAUGGACUCUUGGGUUAUUGUAUACCUAGUUAAGCUUCAAGGGUAAUGGACAGUGUCAUUGUAUAUAUCUAGUACUCCUGAAAAAUGUACAGGACCUAGACCUGGAACUACUAAUUCAUAUAGCUACAGAUGAUGUGUUGUGUUUAACACAAUAUCUAGUUGUCUGCAUCUACAGGGAAUCCCCUUCCUGUUGUGGUAAGCAUUGCCCUUAAAUUAAAAUGAUCUGUGUGGAAUAAUCAGGUUUACAGAUACCCAUAUGUCCAUGUUUCUAGAAUUUAAAAAAAAAAAUUAUUUUCUAGGGAGACACAGUCACUAUGGUGUUAAUACCCUCUCAGGAAGGAGGUAUAGGGUGGUCUCCACCAGUUUGGGUGUCUGCUCUUUCCACUAGGGCCUUUGGGUGCCUUGGGCUUGCAGGAACCAGGCCUCAGUUGAGCAAUUUUGCAGGGCAGCAACCUGUUCGUUCACACAUUCACAAGUUUCUACAAGGUGGAUGUUUUUAACGUCACAAGUUGCUAGGUUUGGUAGGAAAGUACUGCAGGCAGCAAUGCUGUAUGUUCCUUCUCACCCCUGUUGGGUUGUGGUUGCAAUACGGUGGCUUUUGGAUGUCCCUGUGGUGCCUAUGCCCCCCCCUAGAAAAUACAGAAAAAAAGGAGUUUUUUUUUGUUUGUUUUUUUAAUAAAUGCUUUUCUCUGAUUUCUUUAGGCAGUCACUUACUGAUUCUGGUCAGUCCUGGCUUAGUUCCUUGUGUCUAGUUAGGCUGUCUGUUUUCCUCUUCGUGGGCACAGAGCCUGGAUAAUAGGGGGCUGGAGGGAUUUCAUGCUUUAGUGACCUGCCUCCUGAGGGGGGAGAGGGUUUCAAAAUCAAGGGGGUUUUUUCCCCCCUACAGAAAUCAGAGAAAAGGAGUGAAUGAAAAAUGGAAAAAAACAUUUUGCCACCCUAACAGUGCUGUUAAUUUCCUCCCAUGCUACAAAGGCCCUUAAAACACCUGGCAAACUUCAUCUAUCAUGAUGAGAUGACCUGUAGUUUUAUUACUUAUACAAUGCAGCUUAAAUAAUAGUUCAGCCGUAAAAAUAACUAAAACAAGGGUUAAUUGUCCUUUUUAAGAAUAGUUUUCCUUUCAUGUUUAAUUUUAUUUGUUCUAUAAGCAUGUUUUUAUUAAUACAUUAAAGGAUAGGUACACCAUUUUGCUAACAUAUCAUAUUCUUUUUUAUUUCCUAUGAGAUCUAAUCCAAAAAGGUAUAUAGGCAAAAUAUCUGCAGAAGUACUUUCAAAUGUACAUUCUUUGGAAUUACCAUUUUCCACAGUUGAAAAGGAAGAUGAUGCAGCCAUAUAUUUUGCGUAAAGCACUUGUAAGUUAUUCACCCUGUGUUCAAUAUUAUACUAUGUUCAUGUGAUUUUAGGCUUGUUUUGAAUAUGGGAUCUGCCUUUUUAUUAAAAUUAGUUUAAUUUUAUAUAUUUAAUAUAUAUCUCUUCCCCCUUAUGUAUGAUGGAUCACCUCCCACUUCCUGGAAUAAAGGUGCAUUAUGCAGGGGGGCAAGUAUUAACUAUGUUCUGCUUCAACAAUUGGAAUCCAGAAGGUGGAAUGAAGUGUAAAAUGAAAGUGGUUUCAGUCACGCAGUUCUGCAUUAUUUAGUGCAGUUUAAUUAAAACAGUAGGCAGAAUGCAUUUUCAACACAUGGCCUAGUUCAUGUUGAGAACAGGUGUGUACAGCACUUUUUAAAGGGGAUACUUUUGUCCCUGAUUAAAAUGAUUUAUCUGCUUCAGACUACAUUUUUUAGCCAUGUAAUAUGCCCCAAACAUCUGCAGUAAGGGAUGUUGUAGAUAACUCCUGCAGCUAUUUUUUUUUUUACUUACUGUAAUUUUAUCCAACAAUGCCGAAGCUGCUCACUGCAUAAAUGAAAGACUUGACAGCUGUUCACCAGACCAGCAGGACAUUUUUUGACCUUGAUUGCAGAUGUUGGUACAAGCUAGUUUGAAUGCCUUUGUAUUUGCAGAUUAACACUCAAAACUAUUUUUGAAAUACUUUACUAUCUGUAGUUUUACAAUAUUAUCUUCAGUCAGCCUACACUACUAUCUAAAGCCAUGUCUAAAUAUGUCAUUUGGGAGAAGUCUCAGACACGUAUCUUAAGGCGAACUAUGUAAACAUUAGGGCUGUGGCACUUAAGACGUACUACUACAAGUAGCUAAAAUUAAAUCUGUACUAAUCACUUUUAUUGGCUGAAAUAGAAAUCACAGCUUUGAAUCUUUGUCAUUUGAAACAUAUGGAGGCCUGUUUUUAGGUGACAGCUGCGGCACCUUGUGUGCCAUAGACUUUAGAUUUUUUUUUCUUUUAUGGGUGACAAUCAAGUAACAUUGAAUGGUGUGCCUAGCCUUUAAUUGGUUUCAACUUCAGCAUUAAUGUGUAGUACUUAUAGAUUAGGUCUGUAAAUAUUUUACUGCUCCUUGUUUGCUGUAAAAGUUUUAUUUUUUAGAAAAAGUAAACACCAAACCUCCUUAGCUGUAAAUUCCCAAGACCUGAAGAUUGUAUAGUCUUGUCUGAAAUGUUUAAACAUUCCACUUAAAAUUGGUGUGACUUUCAGGUAAUUUAGGUUAUUUCUUUACAGAGAACUUUUUAAACAAGUAACAGCAUUUUCUCCAAAGGUCACUUGUAAAAAUUCCUAAAGCAUAAAUUUAGUAGAAAGCACUAAUUGAAUUGCUUACUGCAAUACAAAAUAGCCAUUACCAUUGUGCGAGGCAUGGUUAAGAUUAGUGGUCCCUUGAAUAUUUCAUAAACAUUUUAAAACGAAGCUGCUGACUAUUUCAAAAAGAUUUAUAUUUUAUCUUGUAGAUUUUGUAAAGUUUCACUAUACUAUUCAGGUGCACCUUCUUAAUGCUAAAUUCUAAUUUAAGCAUACCUUCUGCUUCAGUGCUUUUGUAUUCACAUGUUUAUAUUGGUUGUGUGCCCUUAUCCCCCUAUUGCUUGCAUUUUCCCAAAGUGUUGAUGAAUCACAGAGAGUCCACGAGAUCUUAAAGGCUAGAUCGGUUUCACCAUUUUUUUCCAGUUUAGUUUGGUAUUUAUGCAAGUGCACAAUUCCAAAUGAGAAUUUUAAGUCAUUUGAUUACUUGAACUCUAAUGCUGUAAAUUAAGCCCAAUUUUAGAAAACGGGGAGCUAGUAUUUCUGUGAUUUAUAGGUAUCUGAGCAGGAUUAUGACUGAAGAUAUGCAAAGUACUAGCGAAAAUAGAAAUGUUUAUAAUUAACUGUGAGCCAUAAUAUACCAAAACAUGGUCAACUUGAAGCUAGUUUGAAACUGUUUUUGUUGUGCCCACUUUAAAGCCAGACUAAAGCAAUGAACCUGGCUACCUCCGUAACAUGCUUCUAUAUUUACAGUGGAAAUAUUCUGUAAAAAAAACCCUCAAACAUCUGUCACUAACAAAAUUGCUAUGGUAAUAAUCUUGUCAUAAUAGCCUGUUUUUAAGACAUAGUUUUACCUUGUAACGAUUGUAACCUUUUCUAUUAAAAAAAAAAAAAAAAUGCCAUGCACCAUGAGCUGUUUCUAUGUCCUUUCACUGAGAAGUGAUUGGUUAGGCCUCUGUAUAUAACUUUUGUCCAGUGCAGUGUCACUUUUUUUUAAUCACUAAAUGGAAUUAUUUUUGUGUACAGAAUAAAAAAAAAAUCCAUACCUCAAAGUUGAACUUAUUUUUAGACUUUUAAAUUAGGUUUAGGUUGAGGAGACAAGUGAUGGCGUUAGUCUUUUUGUUAAGGGAGAGCAGUGCAAUUUUAAUAAAGCCGUUUAUGACAGCCAUAUGCAGGCAGGGGGAAUGUAUUACUGUGUCGCUGAAAUGUCCAGUUUUUUAACAAUUGAUGCAUCCAUUUAUCUUCGUUAUAAUUAGUAGUUUCAUAAUACUCCCUUCCUAGUUGCAGGCUUUCCACCAAUAGGGGAAAAGGCUAGUGGAUGUGCUUACAGUUGUCAGCCAAAUAUUGCAUUGGUCGUAAUUGUUAACUUUAUUGAUGUAUGGAAAAUUGUUUUCUGUUGGCAUGGCACAAACCUUUCAUGCAAUCCUCUUAUACCCAAUGUUGGACUUACAGACCUUAUCAGUAAGACCUAAGAAUUAGAUACAUGCAAAUAAGUGCAAGUAUUAAGACCCUCUUCUCUGGGGGCAUGUACAUACAGGCAUUUUGAACUGACCAUUGAAUGCAGGGGUUAUAUGUAUCGUAAAUAAGUUUGGCUGCUGCAAAUGUGUAUUAGUAUUGCAUAUAUAAAAAUCAUUGUAAAUUUUCCAUACGGUAAAGGUACUACAUUUGUGUUGUGGCCAUGUUCUUUUCACUAUAAGUAGAGCCCAUGUUUUGCUUUGUGUUUAAGCUCCAAAUCUUGGCUACGGUGAAAAAAACACGAUGUUCAAUUUAAGGCUUUGGGGGGCAGAUGCAGGUUAACUUUAUGUAGGAAACCAAAUUAUAGUCUGCCUUUUAGAAGCCAAGCCAAAACAAUUGUGUCCCACCUUAUAAAUGUUGGGUAGCUUUGUUCUUUUAUUUCAGAUUGUCUUAAAAUGCAAAUGCAGAGUUUUCUUGAUACUACAGGUACUUUUCUUUUUCUGCUAUAAUAAUCCUUACAAACCGUACACUUUUUUUUACGUAACUUUUCAAAUGAUAGCAGUAAGUAACAAAAGAAUCAAUUACUAAUUUAGAAAGCACUUUGCAGCUCUAUUAAAGAGAAGAAGGGCUUAUUGGCACUUUUUCUGUUACAGCACUACCUGUUUGUCUUGAUUUUUAUUUUUUGGGAAUGUAGGUGCUGUUUUCUGUGCUCCGCAGUCUUACUAAGUGAUAUUCCAUUUAAACUGUAAGGUGAAGGAACAACACAAUAUACUUUCUACAAAUAUUUUAGUGUUAAAAAUUAUCUGUGAAAUCCGAAUUAAUCCAACUCCUAAAAUUUUUGGAAAGUUGACUUUAGAUGUUUAUUUCUAUUUAACGUGUGGUCCUUAAGGGAUGCAGAAACUGAAUGGUAUCGUACUAUACCAGCACAAAAUCUCCAAAUAAUGAGAUAGCAAAAGAAUUGAGGGCCCUUGGAUACAUUUGAUUGUAAUUUUAAUGAAUUUACAGAUCUUUAAUAUUGGGCAAUUUGCCGGCUUUUGGAGUUUUUAAAAGUUGAGUUGUAUCAUCUGUCUCCCAUUAUUGCAAAUAUAAAUGGGGAUGUAUAUGUUUAGCAGCAACCUGCUAUUAGAAUGGAAGCAUUUUCUAUAAAAUACACAUAAAUGUUUUAGCCUGUGUGUAACCUCUGCUUUUUGGGAUAUAUGGGAUUGCUUUUGCUGUUCUCGUUCUACAAUGUAAAACUUAGGAAUUCAACAUAUGUACACACUGCUUAAACCCUCAGGGACAGUAUACUCACUAAUCUCACACUAUUCAGGUACUUGUACUCUAUUUUAAAACUUAGCAGUGACUUUUAUCUUUUGCUUUUUUUUUUUCUUUUUUUCUUUUUCGUUUUUGCGUGCUUGUAGCACAUCCUUGAUGAAUGUCAAGUUAAAAACUCACUUCAGGUAUCCAGGUAUAACUCAGCCAAACGGAUUUAAAAGCUGCAUAGUAACUCUUCAGCACACAGUGCCUCAGACACUUAUAGUGGCAUUCUGUAUAUUCAGUUAUUACUACUGAACAGAUAUUAUGGGGUUCCUGUUUUUUUUUUUUUUUUUUUUUUUUUUACAGCCUAUACAGCCAACCAUAUAAUUAUACAAUAUAUUAUUUCAAGGAGGUAAGUUUUUUUUUUUUUAAUUCUAGCCUUUGAAAAUUUGUUUUCUAAUCAUGUUAUACAUAUAAUGAUUGUUUAAUAGUAGAAUUUUCAUUUUAAAAUUUUUUUCACAGAAACUGUUCUGUGGGACUUUAUCUAUUCUUACAAAUCAUUUGCUUUUUCAUAAAAAUAAAACAUUAUUUAUUAUCUUCCAACUUCAAAACACUCCAGCUUUUUUGCUAAUUUACAUUCAAUGACUACUAAUACAUUUUGAUUACCGUAUCAUCAAAAAUAAAACAGGAACCCCUUUUUACUCUUAUUGACCUCAUUUCAAUAUACUGUUUACAGUUUGACAGAAUUGUAUAAUUUAAUAUUUCUCUUGUACUGUAGUUUAUAUUUAUUUACAGAUUUUUUUUGUACUGUGUGAUUUGAGCUUUUUGUUCUUGCUAUGAUCAAUGUCUUUAUGUAGUAGAGCACUUAUGAUCACAAUUACUUUUUUGUUUUGAUUGCACUACAUAAUUUUUUUUAAUGCAGUUCUGAUUUUGACUGGACUUAAAUAUGUCUUAAUGUAUGUGAUAAGUACUUUAAAUUGAAAGAUCCAUGUGGUUCAUUUUUUUUUUUCUUUUAAGCAUUGUAUGUUGAAAGCGCUGAUUCUGUCGUUGUGCAUGUGUAAAUUUCUAAUGGUUCUUUGUAUUAUUUGACCAUGUCAUUUUAAAACAAAAUACAUUCCCAGCUGUAUUGUUGUGUAUGGUAGUUCUCACUGGAUGCUAGACUUUUCAAGACCACUAUUCUUCUAAUAAAUUUGUUGUGAAAAAUUUUCAAAAA